AUGGCAUUAGCAGAGUCCUUAGCAGCCUUGUCAUUGGCUACUUCAGCUGAAGAUGAAAAAGCUUUACCAACAAAAAGCUUAAUCUUCAAGCCAAAAACUGCAAAAACAGCUACACCAAUCCCAAUCUUGGUAUUUGCAUUGCAAUCUACCAGUACCCCAAGUCCAGUUAUUGCUAAAACAGCAAACGUCAAGGAACCAAGAUUAGCCAAAGAUGAUCUUGUUGUGGAAUUCUUCAAGACUUCUGCUAAAGAAUUUUCAAUUGCCAACUUGAGCAAGGACUUGGCGGGAAAGGUCAAAAUACUCCUCGAUGCCAAUGUAGUCAAGGCAGCUGAGAAGGACGAAACUUUAAAGCUUUCUACCGAGUCAUCAUCGGCGUGUCUUUCAGCAAAAACCAUUGUUGAAUACUUGAAGUCAACUGGAAUUGAAUUGAUCGAAACAGACUUUUCUGCCGAGGCUUCCUCCUCCUCCUCAUCAUCAUCUGCUCCAGCUUCAGCUCCAGCUGAAAAGAAAGCUGCUGCAAGCAAAGUGGAUGCCAAAAUCGAGGAUGCCAAAUUGAUUGGUAUUACAGUUGAUAAAGAGAAAGAUUUCUCCAACUGGUAUGUCCAAGUUGUUGUCAAGAGUGAGAUGUUGGACUACUAUGAUGUCUCUGGAUGUUAUAUUCUUAGACCAAACUCCUACGCUGUUUGGGAAACCAUCCAGGACUAUUUCAACACCAAAAUCAAAGCAUUGGGUGUUCAAAAUGCCUACUUCCCAAUGUUUGUUUCGCAAAAAGUUUUGGAGAAGGAAAAAGACCACAUCGAAGGUUUCGCUCCGGAAGUUGCUUGGGUCACUAGAGCAGGUAGCUCCGAAUUGGAAGAGCACAUUGCCAUUAGACCUACUUCAGAAACAGUUAUGUACCCAUACUACGCCAAAUGGAUUCGUUCCCACCGUGACUUGCCAAUCAAAUUGAACCAAUGGAACUCGGUUGUGCGUUGGGAGUUUAAACACCCACAACCAUUUUUGAGAACUAGAGAGUUCUUGUGGCAAGAAGGUCACACUGCACACUUGUACAAGAGAGAAGCCGAGGAGGAAGUGUUGCAAAUAUUGGACUACUAUGCGGCUAUAUACGAGGAGUUGUUGGCCGUGCCAGUGGUUAAGGGUAAAAAGACCGAGAAUGAAAAGUUUGCUGGUGGUGACUACACAACAACAGUUGAAGGUUUCAUUCCUGCUACCGGUAGAGGUAUUCAAGGUGGUACUUCACACCAUCUUGGCCAAAACUUCUCCAAGAUGUUUAACAUGUCAGUUGAAAGUCCUGAAGGUCCUGAAAAGGGUCGUUUGUUUGCCUACCAAAACUCUUGGGGUUUAUCUACUCGUGUUAUUGGUGUUAUGGUUAUGACACAUUCGGACAACAAGGGUUUGGUCUUGCCUCCUAGAGUUGCACAAACUCAAGUUGUUGUUAUCCCAGUUGGUAUCACUGCCAAGACUUCUGCUGAGCAACGUGAGCAAAUUAAUAAAGGUGCCGCAGAUAUUGAGAGCAGAUUGAAGAAAGCAGGUAUCAGAGUAACUGGAGACUAUAGAGACUCAUACAACCCAGGAUGGAAGUUUGCCGAUUGGGAGUUGAAGGGUGUUCCACUUCGUGUGGAGUUUGGUCCUAAGGAUUUGGAAUCAGAACAAGUCACUGCAGUUAGGAGGAACGACGGACAAAAACUUAACGUCAAGUUGGCUGGUUUGGAAAGUAGCAUUGCAGAGGUUUUGGAAAAGAUCCAAGCAGAUUUACUUGCCAAAGCUACUAAAGAGUUUGACGAACACCGUGUGCUUGUUGAAGAGUGGAAGGAUUUCGUCCCAACAUUGAACAAGAAGAAUGUUAUUUUGUCUCCAUGGUGUGGUGAUGCUGAUUGUGAAGAUGACAUCAAGGAUGCUUCAGCCAAGAAUGAGGAUGGCGAGGAUGGAGAUGUGGAUGAAAAGGCUCCAUCAAUGGGUGCCAAGUCCUUAUGUGUUCCAUUUGAACAACCAGACUUGAAAGAAGGACAAAAGUGUGUUAGAUGUGACAAGAAAGCAGUCACUUAUUGUAUGUUUGGAAGAUCCUAUUAA